AUGACCUCAGCCACUCCACCCUCAUCUGAAGGCUCCUCCCCUCAGAAAGUAUGCCACUCCCAGACACAGACUGACAUCACCAAGCCCCUGCUGGGCUCCCCAGCGGGGACCGGAGUUGCUGGUGCAGGUGGAGGAGGAGCACUAGCCGGAGGGCCCAAUGCUCUGCGAAGGAGGCGCCGCGUCCUCUCCAAAGACGGCCGAAGCAAUGUGCGCAUCGAGCACAUAAGCGGGCGAGGGGCGCUCUACCUCCGCGACCUAUGGACCACUUUCCUGGACAUGCAAUGGCGCUACAAGUUCUUCCUCUUCUCUGCCACCUUUGCUGGGACCUGGUUUGUGUUCGGAGUGUUUUGGUACCUGGUGGCAUUGGUGCAUGGAGAUCUACUGGAGUUUGACCCCCCCUCCAACCAUACUCCAUGUGUAAUGGAGGUGAAGACCCUGACGGGAGCCUUCCUCUUCUCUCUGGAGUCUCAGACCACAAUUGGCUAUGGUUUCCGGUGCAUCACCGAGGAGUGUCCUGCCGCCAUUAUCCUGCUCAUCUUUCAGCUGGUCAUCACCAUGGUGAUGGAGAUUUUCAUCACCGGCACUUUCCUUGCGAAGGUCGCUCGUCCCAAGAAGAGAGGCGAGACAGUGAAGUUUAGUCAACACGCUGUUGUGGCAAAUCAUGAGGGCCGGCCCUGCCUCAUGAUCCGAGUGGCCAACAUGCGCAAAAGCCUGCUGUUAGGAUGCCAGGUGACGGGGAAGUUGCUUCAGACGUCCCUGACAAAGGAGGGCGAGACUGUGAGGCUGGACCAGCGAAAUGUGCCUUUCCAGGUGGACACGUCGACCGACAGCCCCUUCCUCAUCAUCCCCCUGACUUUCUAUCACAUCAUUGACGACAACAGCCCCCUCAGGGCCUGGGCAGUAAAAGGUGGUGGUUGGACAGACCCGGAGCUGGCUGACUUUGAGCUGCUGGUGAUAAUGAGCGCCACGGUUGAGCCGACCUCUGCUACCUGUCAGGUUCGAACAUCCUACCUUCCGGACGAGAUCCUGUGGGGCUACGAGUUUCCCCCCGUCGUCUCCCUGUCUCCCUCAGGGAAAUAUGUGGCUGAUUUCGCCUUCUUUGACAAAGUGGCCAAAACCAAAACCCCGCCGCUCUUCAAGCAGGCCCUGCCACCGAGCCCGCCAUCACAGGCGUCACAUCACCACGGCGGCAAGGAGGCCGGGACGGACCCAGAGAAGAUGCGACUGGAGGAAAACUACAGGGUGGAACAGAAGGGGCGUGACAGGGGGCGCAUUAGAGAUAGCAGCCCACAUAGUGUGCGUAUUAGUAAUGUGUGAAGGAAGAGAGAGACAGGAAGUGGUAACGGAAAGUUGAUUUGAAACUGAGAUAUGGUUUGGCAGGAAGAAAAGAAAAAAGCUGCUCACAAUAUCUCAUAAAAACAUCCCCUCCAUUUGUGCACAAACCACUCCGCCUACACAUAUGAGACAAAAGUACAACACCUUGAACCACGAGUCUGAAAAUGUCUGCAACCACCUUCAGAGGAAGCAAGUUACAAACCCAACAUGUACAAAUGUACAGCACAACAUCAAGUCAUCCAUAGAGACAUUUACUACUCUUAUAUUCAUUUUUCUUUUUUUUUCGGAAAGGACUUGAUUUACUGUAACUGGAGGAUGCUUUAAACACUGCAAAAUCCUUCAUCUUAUCAAGUCAUUUCUGUCGAUAAUUUAGCAACGGGCAUAACUUUGGGUUCAACACUGCCAACAUUGGGUUGAGAAAUUAUUUGUGACAAAGACUUAAUUUUCUGCAUUCUGGUGAAUUUUUCUGCAACAAUUUGUGCCUUUUCUGCAUCAAUUAAUGGUGCAAAAGCCUUC